AUGGGCAGAGGUCAGAAGAAAUUCAUGGUGAACGUCGUGCUCUACAAGUGUGAGGACCUGGCAACUGCCGACCUGGACGUCGUGGACUGCAAAAGCGACUCGUACGUGGUCUUCACACUGGGCGGUGAUACGCAGAAGAGUUCGUGCGUCGCGAACGAUCUCAACCCGCGCUGGUCACCGCCCGAGAAGUUCCAGUUCGAGCUGGACGAGUGGCAGAACAAGUUUCUCCUCGCGCAGGUGUUCGACUACGACCGGCUGAGCAAAGACGACCUCGUUGGCUCAGCAGUGAUCCCCCUGGCACUGUACGCCGGUCACCGGCACUGCGAAAGGUACAGCUACCCGCUGGUGUUGCCAGAAGAGGUGGGCGGGCUCGGAGCUCCUAAGAGCGACUUGUUCUUGCAGAUCAGUUUAGUGGCUAGUGACGGCAGUCCCGUCGAGUAUUACUAUUAA